CUCUCUUUUAUUCCCAGCGGGAACAUGCUGACAGACAAACCUUCGCCGCUCUGUCUUCUGUCCCCUUGGCAGUCAUCAUAUAACGACUAAUACCUCACCAAUGGCCACCUCGUCGCCUUAUCUCCGCUCCACGCUCCACUCCCUCUCGUCUUUUUCUUUUUCCCCCUCCCCGCACUCCACCCAUACCAACUGAUCUAUCCGCCACAACCACACCCUGAGUCACUGCCUGCGUAAAGAGCCUCUGCAGAACUAGCCGACUAUGUCUACGCGAGAGGGACCAUCAAUCGAUACCGCCCCGCCCACCAUCACCACCACCAACACCACCACCAACAACACCAAUGUCCUCCCAGGGAUGCCUGACCCGCUCAUCGGAAACGGGCCCGGCUACAAGAAUGGUGAAGCCAUCGUCCUGCCCAUCCUCCCGACAUUCAGCAAACGCAUGAGUCUUCACAGCAACAGCAACAGCAACAACAACAGCCUUCAAAAGUCGCAGCCCUCUUCGCCCUUGGGACCAGGACCAACAUCCUCACACGUUGUCUCCAACGGUGACGCCCGGCCACUACAGCCUGCGGAGGCACCGCACCUGCCACCUUCGCAGACACACGAGACAGCAAAGCACUCUACAGCCACAGGUACCAACGGUGUGGGCAGUGCAGUCAGAUCAACGCAUGUCCCAGCAAUGUCGGCAUCAUUACCAGGGUCGGCGUACACUUGUUCCGACAAUUCACGCGGCGGUGCAGAUGCCGGGAUCUUGGUGUUUUCGGGUGGGACGGCCUGUAACUCUUUGGUCCAGCUGUUGCAGGAUAUGACACCCAAUGUCACCUAUGUCUUGGGUAUCUCGGAUAACGGUGGCUCUACAAGUGAAAUCCUGCGCGUGUUGGACGGACCAGCGAUUGGCGACAUUCGUUCUCGGCUUAUCCGGCUGAUCAAGCCAGAUCCGUCAGACGUCGGCAGGACCGCCAUUCAGGAACUGCUGGGCUAUCGUUUACCAGGACAUGGAGAUGCAAACGCCAUCAAGAACGAGUGGGUCGAGAUCGUAGAAGGAAGUCAUCGCCUUUGGAUGCAUAUCCCUUCAGAUAAGAAGGAAGUCAUCCGGGGAUUCCUGAUCUACAUUCAGUCCGAGAUCCUGAAGCGGGCUCAUAAGCGCUUCUCGUUCGCCAAUGGGUCGAUCGGUAACUUUUUUCUCACGGGCGCGCGCAUGUUCUUUGGAUCGCUGGAAUCGGCCAUCUUUCUCUUCGCGGCCAUCACAGGCAUCACAGAACCGACCAGAGUUAUUCCCGUCAUCAACACCAACCAUGGAAUCGCCAUUGCAGCGCUCCUCAAGAACGGAAACACUAUCCUGGGACAGUGCGCAAUUUCACAUCCAUCUUUGGCCUCCUCCGGGGACAGUUUCAACGUGGGUCAUGUUCAGUUAAGCGCUAACUCUGCAUCGACGACGCCCGAUGGAUCAAAGACCCCGGACUUGGCAACAUUAUCGUCAAGUCAGCAGCAGGACGAUAGUUUCUCGACAUUGAGACUGGUGCAGAAUAAUAUUUAUUUCGACAAGACACCGUCACGAUCGAGUUCGCUGCAGUCGAGGAUUACGAGACUAUACUACAUCAAUGAGUACGGUCAGGAAAUUUUUCCGCCACCAAAUCCAAAGUUGCUCUGCGCUCUAGCGGAAAUGGAAACACUGGUGUAUUCGAUCGGAUCGCUUUACACGUCGAUCAUCCCCUGCUUAAUCCUGAAGGACGUCGGUCGUGGGAUUGCAGAGUCUCGGUCGCUCAAGAACAAGGUCUUUAUGCUGAACGGUACGAACGACAGGGAAACACCGGACUAUAAGGCCCUGGAUUUCAUCUGGGCACUGACAGGCGCGCUCAACUACUCACUCAAACUGUCUGGACAAUUCUGGCCGACAGAGCAUAAGCCCUCGCGAUACAUUACCCAUGUGAUUUACUUGGAUAACUCGGAGGUGCAGGUCGAUGUAUGGGAGAUCGAGAAGUUGGGGAUUGAUUGUGUUCGCUGCACAGGACGACGGGAUCCGUCAUCGGGGCGACCCAUCUAUGAUGAGGAGCAUUUGAACAGGCUACUGGAGACGAUCAUGGACGGCAGUUGGUCCGCUUCUUCUUCGUUGUCUUCCUUGUCGUCAUCGGCUGCAAACCUGUCGUCGUUGUCGACGACCGCCAACUCGACAAGGCCUUCGACACCGACACCGGCGGUCAGCCAUGUGGUGUCAAAAUUGUCUACGGAAACGACGGCAACGUCGGCUUCCGCAGCAGCGGCGGUUGUGUUGGAAGCCUAGUCCUGUUCGCACUCCUCUCUUUAGUCAUUUUUCUGUCUCUUCCUUCUUGUGUUUUAUUAAUUCCUCAUCAGAGCAUUAUUAGACAACCUUUUCUCUUUUCCACAAAUUUAACAAAAGUAUGUUUGUAUUCUGUACAUGUGCUCUUCAGAAAUAUGGUUUUCGCAAUUCGUACAUAUUACGGCAGAGAACGAUGAGAUGAAGACCCUCACUCUCACUGGAUGGGACACUUUGAACAAAAACAUAAACAUUGAACUCGG